AUGUUGAAUUUGAAUUGCGUUAUUUGCGCCGAGCUAUUCGCACAAUCCGACGAGGUGUAUGUCACCAUCUGUGGCCAUUUGUUCCACCACAACUGUCUCAAUCAAUGGCUGGAUCGCUCCAAGACUUGCCCCCAGUGUCGCAACAAAUGCACCACCCGCCACAUUUGGCGCGUCUACUUCAACCUAGCUAACCUGGACGUUAGUCGGAUCGAUGUUGGGUCCCUGCAGGAACAGCUGGACAACGCAAAUUUGGCCAUGAAAAUGAAGGAGAAAGAGUGCAACAAGGUGGAGCAGCAACUGAAGGAGCUUAAGGACACGCAAAAGAAGUGCCUCAAGACCAUCGCUGGUCUGGAACAGAAGGUGCUGAAGAAGGACUUCCUGGUUAGCAGUUAUGUGGAACAGAUUAGCCUCCUUAAGAGCGAAGCCCAAUUGCUGGAUGGCCUGCGCAGGGAAAACAAGUCGCUUAAGCUACAAAUCCAAUCCAUGGAAGGCAUUUCGGCGAUUCUGGCGGCUGGCUCUGCGGAUGCUGAGCUUCUGCUCAAGAAUGAGGCCAACCCGCAAGUAUUGGCCAGUUGGGUAUCCACACUGAAGCGAGAGCUGCGGCAGUGCGAGAACAAGAAGUCGGAGCUUCGUAACGUAAUUAAACUGGUGCAGAAUGAUUUGCGCAAGGAAAUCGACUUAAAGCGAAUGAUGGAGGAGCGGAUUUCGCAUCUGGAGAGCGAUCUCUACCAGAACCAGGAGAAGCUCCUUGCAUUGGAACGCGAACCGAUCAGUGUGGAUUCGCCCAACAGCUCGACCGGUCUUAACAGUAACAUUAUGGCGCUGAAGCAUGGCGAGAAGCGUGUCACCAUUUCGCCCACAAUUAAGGAAAAUAUCAAGCGCAUUGAAGAGUCCAAUUCCCCAUACCUGAACAUCAAGUCCAGUAGUGUCGGCCUGAGCCACCUUCUGAGCACCAAAGGCAGCAUUGGAUUCAGCAAAGCGAACAUAUCUCCCAUAAUGGGUGCAUCCGGUGUAAGCAUGACCAGCGGCACCGUGCGCAAAACAACCAGUGAUCUUAGUUCAAAGUACUCGAUAUUCAAGAAGCCGCGUCUGUUGUUGGGCUCGAGCAGUUCUGGGGUGGCGGCUACCAUGGGCUCUAACUUUGUGUACAAUGGAAUGGGCGGUUCCGAGAAGAUAGAUCCCUUUGCGCAGCGCACGGAGGAGGAGAGUCAGGCUAACAGCGCGCAAGCACCAUCUUUGUCUAAGAAUGUGAACCAGCGCCUGAAGGCGGGUACGCUACGAAAUUUCAAGCUCGGAAAAUAAGCGACGCGGAUAGUGUGAUUAUUAGGGAAAUAAAUUAACCAAGACUGCCUCAG